UAAUAUAUGAACGCUUUUUAUCAGAUUUGUAUCGAUUGGAUUUGUAUAUCAUGGCCCACCUCACUCCGAAAGAUCCUGGAGGAUAGAAACAGUGUUUUUCGUGACAUGUGUACUUUGUUCCAUUGCUAAUCUCCCCAAGGGACCAUCGCCUCCAGGGGGAGGAAAGGUGUGUUUGGGGUGUGGCCUCACGGAGGAAGCCCCUGAAGGGCAGGGUCGGAGGGAGCCCGGGCCAGUGUUGACAUGCAGCUCUUGUCUCGGGUGUGUAACCUGGUGGACGCGGAUGCACGGGUGCAGUAGACCCGGCCACUCGUAGGAUCUCAGGUUUGUAUCAUCGUCUUCUCUGUGGCGGACGUCAUGGCGAUUGGGGGCAAUACGAAGGCAGACCUGGAGCUGACCUGGGAGGUGAGGGCCAACUGCCGCCAGCGCUAUGCCCGCGGCCGCCGGAGGUCCUUCCUGUGCUUCCGCUGGGGCCAGUACGCGGACAACACUGUGCGCAGCUAUAAGUACUCCCUGCUGACCUUCCUGCCCCUGACGCUGUUUGAGCAGUUCCACCGUGUUGCCAACAUCUACUACCUCCUCAUCGUGGUGAUGCAGGCAAUUCCCGCCAUCGCUUCCCUCCGCUGGUACACCAACGCCAUCCCGCUCAUCCUGGUCUUGACCGUCCGAGGGCUGAAGGACUUGGCUACUGACCUGGCCCGGAGGAAGAGUGACUCCCAGAUCAACUCCCGAGCCAGCGACGUGCUCGACUCGAAGAGCUUCUGCACAGUGCAGUGGAAAGACCUCUGCGUGGGAGACGUGGUGCGCAUCCACAAAGACCAGCCCGUCCCUGCGGACCUCCUGCUUCUCUGCAGCUCAGAAGAGUACAGCCUGUGCUACGUGGAGACUGCGGAUAUCGACGGAGAGACCAACCUGAAGUACAAACAAGCCCUGUCCAUCACACACAACGAGCUGACCAGUGAGCCCUCUGAGAGAAGCCUCGCUGACUUUGAUGGGGUGGUGUGGUGCGAGCGCCCCAACAACCGGCUCUACGCCUUCAGGGGCCACCUGCGAUGGCGCGGGGAGGACCACGUGCUGAACAACGACCACAUCCUGCUCCGAGGGACCGUGCUGCGCAACACGCAGGUCGCCUACGGCCUGAUGAUAUACGCAGGUGCAGACACUAAGAUCCUGAGGAGCUGUGGCAAGCUGAGGGUGAAGUCCACCCACGUGGACCGGCUGCUGAACAAGAUGGUGAUCGGGAUCUUUGCGUUCGUCCUGCUGACGUCUCUCCUCAUGGCGGUGGGUCACGGUGCGUUCGAGAGCCAGGUGUCCCGCUUCAUCCCGGCUCUGUCGGCGCUCACGGUGAACGGAGACCCCGUCUACUCCGCCUUCCUCACCUUCUGGAGCUACAUCAUCGUACUGAACCCCCUCAUCCCCAUGGCCCUCUACAUCUCGUUCGAUGUGAUCCAUGUGCUGCACAGUCUGUUCAUCAACUGGGACGUGGAGAUGCGCUGGGAGAAGAAGGACAGCCCGGCUCGCGCCCGCAACACCUCCCUGAACGAGCAGCUGGGCCAGGUGGGCCACCUGCUGAGCGACAAGACGGGCACCCUGACGCAGAACCACCUGCUGUUCAGGCAGUGCUGCAUCGCGGGCCGCGUCUACGGUGAUGCGUCAAUUUCCGUCGAGGAAACGCAGCAAAUGGACCUGAGCUGGAACCCAUUCGCCAGCGGGCAGCUGUCCAUGUGGGCCCCUGAGCUGGUGCAGUUGCUGAGGGCCCGGCAGUGUCCGAUCGUCAGCGAGUUCUUCACCGCCCUGGCCCUGUGUCACACCGUCAUGCCGGAGCAGAGCAAAGGUGCCCUGCUGUACAAGGCCUCCUCCCCCGACGAAGAGGCUCUGGUGGGGGCGGCCCGCGACCUGGGCUGGGUCUUCCACUCCAGGAGACGGGACAACCUGACCGUGCUGGAGCUGGGGGUCACCCGGGAGUACCAGCUGCUGGCCACGCUGGAGUUCACCAGCCAGAGGAGACGCAUGUCCAUCCUGGUGAGGGACCCAGAGGGGGGUCUGAAGCUGUACUGUAAGGGGGCUGACAUGGUGAUCCUGGAGAGGCUGCAGGCCGGCUGUCCCUGCCUGGAGAGCACCGAGAGAGCCCUGGAGUCGUUCGCCCAGACGUGUCUGAGGACGCUGUGCGUGGCGGUCCGGUGCGUUCCGGAGGAACUGUGGGAAUGCUGGAGUGAGGUCCUGACCGACGCUGCAACCAUGGCGACCGGCGAGCGUGACGCGGUACUGGAAGCGCUCCACGGCGACAUGGAGAGCCAGCUGCUGUUGCUAGGGGCAACGGCCAUCGAGGACCGGCUGCAGGAGGGCGUGCCCGAGACCAUCGCGUUGCUCAGAGAGGCGGGCCUCAAAAUAUGGGUGCUCACAGGGGACAAAACAGAGACUGCAGUGAACAUCGGAUACUUCUCCAAACUGCUGGAUCCUGAUACAUGCUUGCUAGGAGGGCAGGAACUGAGAGAGGUCCUCCGGUCUGCGGACCCGGGCUACAGCGCGUCCUCGUCCAGACAGGGGAACGCCUGGUGCGUCAACAUGAAGACGGCCAGGGCCAAGACAGCUCUAGUGAUCUCUGGACCCGAGCUGGCAGAGUUUGUCCAGGAGCCAGGCACGGGGGCCAAGCUGAUAGGGCUGGCCGCCCAGUGCCAGUCGGUACUGUGCUGCCGCGUGACGCCGGGACAGAAGGCGGACAUCGUCACGCUGAUCAGGAAGUUCUCCAGCUCCAUCACCAUGGCCAUCGGCGACGGCGCCAACGACGUCAACAUGAUCAAGACUGCUCAUAUCGGCGUGGGGAUCGCGGGCGUCGAGGGGGGCCAGGCGGUGCAGAACGCAGACUUCUCAUUGGCCCAGUUCAGGUUCCUACAGCGUCUCCUAUUGGUCCACGGCCGCUGGUCGUACCGCCGCGUCACCUUCUUCGUGCUCUUCUUCAUCCACAAGACCUGCAACUUCGCGCUGGUCAACAUCUGGUUCGGUUUCUUCAACGGCUUCAGUGCUCAGUCGAUGUAUGAGAACUGGUUCAUUGCCAUGUACACCUCGCUGUACACCUCCAUCCCCAUCCAGUUGUACGCUUUCUUCGAGCAGGACGUGAGCGCAGAGAGCAGCCUGAAGAGUCCCGGCCUGUACCGGCCCGGCCCGCUGAACCACCUCUUCAACCCACUCACCAUCGCCGCCAUGCUGGCGCAGACCCUCUUCUCGUCGCUGGCGCUCUUCUUCAUCCCCUACGGCGUGUUCCACGACUCGCCCCUGGACUACCAGACCCUGGCCGUCACCGUCAGCAUGGCGGACAUCUUCUGCGUGGACGCUGAGUUGUUGCUCCUCACCCGCCACUGGACGGUGUUCAACGCCGUCUUCCUGUGCAUCGCGUUCGGCUUCUUCUUCAUCGUGUCGAGGAUCACCCAGCAGCCGCGGCUCUUCCAGCUCGCCCCCGCUGACUACUUCUUCGUCGGGGUCUCUGAGAACGCCUUCGCCAACCCCCUGGUGUGGCUGACGGCGUUGCUGGCCGGCGUGACCGCAGCGCUGCCCGCGCUCUUCGUCUUCGUCCUCAACGUCCUCCUCAGCCGCCCGGACACACACAGGGUCCACUCCCUCGCUGGUCCCCGGCCCGUGGAGCUGAGGUCGAAGGUCAGGAGGAUAGACUCGGGGCGACGCCCUUCCGGCGUGGCGUCUCGGGUGUCGUCGAAGGGGGCCGCCCCGGCCUCUGGGGGGCCCCACCCCCACCACCCCCGCGGGCUCCCGCUGCUGGAGGACAAACCCACGGUGGACGGGUCGGGCAUCGAGCUCAACGUGCCGUUCAUAGGGCGGAAGCUGCUUCCUGCCAUCGGGAAAAAGCCCGACCACGACUGAUGACCGCUGGGGUUUAUUAUUUUUAUUGUGCUUUCGAAUGCGUUGACAAUUAUCCUUUUUCUACGAUAGGGUAGACUAUAGAUUAGGUUGGACGUAACACUCGACCAAUCUAAUGUAUACAUUUUGUUACUAUGUAAAUACAGUUAUAUA